CCCCCGGCCCCCCUCCGCCAUGUCGAAUGGCCAGCCCCAGUUGCGUCAGCAGCGAGACGCUGUGCACCGGAUAAACUUCCUUGAGCAGGCGUCGCGCCUCUUUUUGAAUGGGCCGAACGAGGUUCCGAGCGCGCCGGCCUUCAAAUUUGGGCGAGAUCUCCUCUCUGUUUCACAGCGGGCAGUCCUGCGAAUCGACCCCACCUUGAAGCGAUCUGUCUGCAAGGGCUGUCGUGCGCCCUUUGACAUUGCCUCGACCCUGCGUGUGCGCGUCCGCCGGGCCGGAAAGAAGCGGCGCAAGUCACGGCCAAGCGUUGGGGCUCCCCUUGGCGCCGAGAGACCGCCUGCCCCGGCUGGGAGGUCAGAUGAAAAGAAUGACUCGACGCCUGUCGACGAUCAGCAUACUGAUGACCCCGCAGUCGCAACUUCCUCCACCACCGGGGGAGCGAGCUGCCUCGGGACAAAGCCUCACCGUGGCACUGGCAGCCAGGCGCCAGUCCCACGACCUCCGCCUCCGCCGCCACUCAGGCUGAUCACCAGCUGCAAGACUUGUGGCCAUGUGUCUCGGCGCAUGGGUCUCGUGGAUGCCAAGGGCCAGGAGGUCCCUGCUUCCCGGCAUGGCUUCUUCUCCGAGCGUUUCCCCACGGCCACCGAUGAUGCGCGGUAGAGUUCGGCCGUCGUUUGGUGCUUCUCGUUGUGCGUUUGGACACGGGAGGGGCGGGGGGUAUCACGCAAGCCGGCUUCAUGAAUACACCCUCCGCCGCUUUCCCCCUGGCCACACUUGCAUGGUCGCGGGGUGGAGCGUUCCUUUUC